GAACGCCUUUGAUGAUCAUGUUUUUCUAACAAAAUCAUUUGUUGAAUUGAUUUUCUUCUUCGGAAGUUCUUUAUAGUAAAUAAUCGAUGACAAUCCAUUGAUAUAUAGCAAUGGAUUUUACAGCAUUAGAAUUAGGUCUUCGUAAUCGACAAUUAUUACAGGUAAAAUGUUUUCUACGUAUUCAGAUUGAAACAUUUCGUUAUUUUCUUAAACAAGAUCUAUGUAAUUCAACCAUAAAUGAACAGGCAAUAUCAUUGGAAAGAUUUUUUCUUCAUGAUUGGCAAAAUGUUGUUAAUAAAAUCAUUUCAUUCGCAACCAUACAGAUGAGCGGUGAUUAUGCGGCAAAAAUAUUCUCCAUUCUUUUAUAUCGAUCAUUAAUUCAUUCAUGUAAUCAGCUUAUAUUGACUGUUUCGUCUAUUCAAAUCGAUAAUAAUGAUGAUAAUAAUAAUGAUAAUGGUGACAAUGUUUUUAUCUGUACGGAUACAUCAUCACGAUCAUUACCAACAUCAGCCACAAUAAUUGAUGGAAAUUCAAAAAAUGAAAAUUCAUUAUACGUAGUAAAACAAAGAAUCUUAUUACUUUUGAUCAAACAAAUCAAUUCAAUGCGUGAUUGUCUUGAUCAUCGAAUACAAUUGAAUAAUACACUUUUAUCGUUUGAAUCAACAAGUUUGAAAGCAAUAAAAUCAAAAUCGAUUGAUGAUUCAAAUGAUCAUGAUGAAUCAUUAACAACAAUGCUUAAAACAAUCGAAGCUUUAUUGAAAACAUAUGGAAAUGCACAUAGAUUUCAAGAAUUAUUUGAACGUUCAUUACAGAAUGGUUCGAUACCGUUGUUUGUAUGGGCUGUGAAAAAAUUUGCUCAACAAUCAAACAGUACUUAUGGUGAAAAAUUGAUUCAAUGGAAUAUAAUUGUCGAACGUAUUGUUCAAUAUACAGCAACAAUAAUUGCCCGACCCGAUUCGCUAGUGGAUGAUCAAUUGAUUUCGGAAAUCAAUUUCUAUCUAAUACAAACUGGUCAUCCUGUUUUUGAUAUUUUAUAUGCAUUGUUUAUACAAACUUCGGAUUCUAUUAUUCGACAAAAAUUGUUACAUAUUUUUGCUAUUUGUUUAGCCAAUUCAACCGAUGAUGAUGAAUAUUCUAAUGUUCGUUUAAUUACUUCAAAUGUUAAUUUUGAAAAAUUUCGUCAACAAUUUGGUAAACAUUUUCAAAAAUUAUCCAUAAUGGAUUUGUAUAUUUUUUGUUUUCGACCAAAAAUUCUGUUAAUUAGUGAUGAAGAAAAAUUAGAACUUGCAAUCGAAUGGAUUAUUAACAUUGAUGAUUCGAAUGAUAAUGAACAAAAUAUUCGAUUAUCGAAAUCAUUUUUAUUACCAAUUUUGAAUGAAUUAACAAAACAUUCACAAAUGUUAAACGAUUGGAAAGAAAUGACAGCCAAUAAUUAUGAACUAAUUGUUUUUGAUCCAUUUCGUCAACAUAUUUUUAUCGAAGAUAAUUUUCAAUCAUAUAUUGAUGCAUUAUCCGUAUGGCAAUAUCUAAUCGAUAAUAAUGAUACAAAAUCAUUGAUAAAAUGGAUCGAAUCGGAUCAAAUUAUUCGACCAUAUUGUAGCCAAAUUCGUCCAUUAAAUCUAACAAUGUCAAUUCAAAUGUGUAAAUAUUUACUACAACAAUCACCAUCAAUUCUUUUAGCCGAUAUUUUUUUCUCAUUGAUUUCGAAUCCAUAUUUUUUCAAUCAAUAUGAUUUUAGUGAUUUAAUGGUCGAAAUUUUAUCUUUGUCCAAUUUUCUUCGAAUUAUUGGCCAAACAAAUAUUCUUUUCGAUCAUAUAUCUUCUGUGAAUAACACUUAUUAUGGUAAUGGCUGUGCUAUUUUAGAAAAAUUAUUAAAUAAAGUGAUAAAAUUUCCUCAAUUAGUGCAAUAUUGUAUUGAAUCAAAACAAUAUGAAUUUCUUUAUCUUCUCUAUAAUCGAUAUAAAAAUGAUUUUGAUAUUUUUUUCUCCGAUUCUCAAAAAUUAUCAUCAAAAUCUAUGUUGGAUGUAUUGAAUUUUAUGCAUCAUCUUUGUCAUUCAAAUAAUGAAAUGUUUGAAAAAUCAAUAUUUGUUCAUCAAUUUUUAGUUAAUGACUCUGCAAACAUAAUUAAUCAUUCAAAAUCAUUUGAUGAAAAUGUUCAAUUUUUAAUCAAAACAUUUGCAAAUGGAUCAAUCGAUUUGGAUAUGAUUUUAUUGAUUAUAUCAUCCUGUUCAAAAUAUGGUUUUGAUGAAUUUUUCAAUACCUUACAUCGACAAGAACCAGAUCUUUUCAAAACAUUUAUCAAUAAACUUAUGACAAAAUAUCCACUUUUUUAUCGUGCAUCCAUUUUUCAACAGGAAUCCAAUUCAACAUCAUCAUCAUCAUUGAAUAUUUAUACAUUUCUUCAACAGGCUAUACCUUUUGUCGAUAUUGGUCAUGUAUUUGAAUGGCAAACAAAUCGUUGUCUUACAAAAUCUACUAACAAGAAAAAUGAUUCCGAUUCAAACCGAAAUGAAAUGCCACAUUUUUCACAGAAAAAUCUAUCCGAAUUAUAUGGUUUUAAAUCCAAUUUGAAUGCAUCAUUUUAUCUAAAAAAUCUUCGACUAAUUGAAGCAUUUUUAACGUUCAGUAAAUUUAUGUCUGCCAAUGGAAAAUCUCGUGAUCAUCGCCAUUCAAUCAAUGAAAAAUUAUCGAUUAAAGCAGUGAAAAAAUCAACAAUCAUUGGAUAUAAUAAUAUUAAUAAUCAAUCGAUAGUUAGUACUUGUCUUCUGUUUCAAUCGUUAAUUAAAUCCACAUUGACAUCCGUCAAAUAUAAAUCAUCAAGUCAUCGAUCUUCGAUUCGUGAAACAUUGGACAAAAAUAUUUUCAAUGAAUGUGAAAAAUUUCGUUUACAUUUAGCUUUGGGAAGAUUAAUUAUUGAAUAUGCUGGUGAUUUUCUUGAUCUACAAGGUGUACAACAACAACAGAAUGUUUUAGCAUCACUUUUACGUCGAUCACAUUUUCAAUCGGAUCGAAUUUGUUCACAAAAAUUAUUGGAUUUAGCUACUGUUGCACUUGAACGAAAAUAUUCAUCCAUACGAAAAUCAUCAACAAAAUUUAAACGACAACAAUCAAAUCGAUUGUUAGAUGUAAAAUUAUUUUCAUUGUUUAUCGAAAAAUCAAGUAAAUUUAUGAACGAAGAUGAAAAUGAUAAAGAACCAAUUACAUCGGUUGUACCAAUGAUUGAAUCAUCUUGUAAUCUAUUGAUUGAAUGUUUUGAAUGGAAACCAUUAUUUAUGUUUGCCGGUCAUUAUUCAUUAAAACGUCCUUUUGGAACUUUUCUCAAUAAAUGUACUAACGAAGAUAAUUGGCUUGCAUUUGUUAUAUUUGCACAGAUUUAUGAAAUUCCUAAAGAAGAUCUUCAACAAUUUUUAUCACAAGCUAAUUUUAAUAAUCAAUGUAUUGGUGAACAUUUGACCAAAGCAUUUCAAAGUUCUCGACAUGUAAAUGUAACAACAUUAAAUGAAACUGAAUCAAGAAUUUUACGUUCCAAACAAACACCCGAAUCUUCACGUAAUGUUUUAUAUUCAAAAUUGUUCAAAGAGAAAACUAUUCCAAUUGGAUCACCACCUACUACUGCAACUCAAAUCGAUAAUUUAGCUACAAUCGAAUCAGAUAGUCCAGAAAAUUUAUCAUUAUUUUCAUCAUCAAUGUUAAGUAAAUUAAGUGGUGAUGAUAUUAGUUUACAGAAACGUUCAAAUAAUGUACAGGUUUUAUUUGAAUCCAAAUUACAAUUACAAACAGCAUCGAAAGAUUUUCUUCAACUUAUUCUCAGUAUUUAUCGUAAUUGUGUUGGUUUUGCUCAUUAUCAUCGUGAUGGAUUAUCAUCUUUUUCGAUUGAAAAAUCUUUUCAAAUUACAUUACUUUAUACAUCGGUAUCAUUAUCUAAUCCGGUGCUUGCAUUGUUAGCCUGUUCAAUGAAUAUUCAUAAUCAGCCAACAUCAUUAUCGAAUAUUGGUGUUAUUGGCAAAACAAUUCCCUCAUCAUCUACAUCACCAAUUCAAUCACCUAAAAAUGAUCAUAAUCAAUCAUCAUCCAAAUGUUCAAAUGAUUCAUCAUCAACAGGAUUUGAUCGUUUUAAAUAUCCAUCAUUUGCAUGUUGGUUACUUGCAAGUGUAUCGACUACGUCAAAACAAUCAUUCAUUGAUUGGUAUUGUCAACGAAAUUCAUUAAAUCCAACAACCGAUUCAUUAAUUGAUUGUUUUAUUCAUUGGUCACCUGAACGAAUGUUAAAUUUAAUCAAUAUACUUACAUCGAAUGAUACUAAAAAUUAUCAGAAAAUUCUUCAAGGUUUUAAAUUAUUUGAUAUUCAAAUACCGAUUCUAUAUACAUUAUUGGAAUUUCUCAUUGAAUUCCUUGUAAUGAAAGAUUAUUAUCAAACAAAUAAUCUACUACAACGUUUUCAAACAUUAUUAGCCGAAUAUAAUGAUGAAGAAUUUAAUCAAAAUGAUUUAAAUAAAUCAUCGACAAUUAGUGAUUCUCAUGAUGAUAGUGAUGAUAAUGAUGAAUGGCAAAUUUCUGAUUUUUUUCAACGUAGCUGGAUUGAAAAAUGUUCAUUAAUAAUGAUUACAAAUUCAUUAUUGAUUGCACAACAAUUUGAAUUAAGUAUUUUACUUAGUCAUUAUAAUUUUGUUCGAAUACAGGAUUCAUUUUCAUUGGAAAUUCAUCAAUAUGUACCGGAUAUACGUCGAUUCUAUUUAUUUAGUCAAUGUUUGAAUAAAGUACCGGAUUAUUCAUUACCGAUUGGACCAUUACUUUCGAUCGAAGCAAAUACUAAUGAUGAAUCACGUUAUGGUGAAGUAUUGAAAACAUUAAUUCUACAGCUACAACAAUCUGGUCAUUUUGAUGCAGCAAGAAACAUUAUCAAUUUAUUAACAAUUGAAAAUACAAAUGAAUUUAUUAUCAAUGAAUGGAUGUUGAAAGCAAAACAAGCUGAAUCUGAAUCAUCUAAUAAUAGCAAUAAUUUUGAUAUAACAUUUUGGAAAGAUUGUUGGUCACAGGUUAUACGUAUUGAUCCAUCAAUGCAUUCAGCAUUUAAAGUAAUGGAACGUUUUGUUCAACAAUUAGAACCAAAUCAAUUGUUAAUUAAAUGUUUUGUAUUGCUUAAAUGUUUACUUGCUAUUGAAACUAUAUUGAAUGAUAUGAUUAAUGAAAAUGAAUCGAUUAAUAAUAAGAUGAUCAAUUCGACCAAACAACAACAACAACUACCAGAUGAUGAUUCAACCAUCAGUAGUUCGAAUGCAUCAUCAAACAAUAGUGUUGAAUUAAUACAGGAUUAUUUUAAUUUUGAAUUAACAUUUUGGAAAUCAGUUAUUGAUUGUGAAAUGUUUAUACAGUCAAUGGAAACAAAUUCAUCCGAUAUGAAACAUUGUAUUGAUAAAAAUGUAAUCACUGCUUGGCAAGAUAUAUGGAAUGAUAUUGUUCAAUAUUUUAGAAAAUCUAUGAUUCAAAAAUCAAUUCUACCCAAAUUAAUCGAACGUUUUCCUAAUAUUUGUCGUAAUAUUGAAAAUCAACGUUUAAAACAUUGUCAAAUUGAUAUCGUUGAACAUCAAUCAUUAAAUCGUAUAAUUGGUAAUCUAUUGGAUUAUUUUUGCUAUACAAAAGCUGUAGAAGUGGCCAAACUUUUUGGAUAUAAUCAUGAUGAUUUUGAUAUUAUUCAAACUUGUAAUCAGAUAGCAUCGGGUCAAUUAAAAGAUAUAUCCGAUUCACCAUUAAGUGUUCAAUUGAAAAUGAAAAAUCAAGAUGAAAAUUGUUCAAAUUCGAUCGGAAAAUUUACAAAAGUUACACUAAUAUCUGGUAGUAAUCUGACCGAUGAUCAAAGAAAAAUUAUAACAAUGAUAGAAACAUUGGCCAGUUUUACAACAAUUGGAGAGAAAUUCUGUGAAUAUAUUCUUUUACAUUAUAAGAUUGCCUGUUUUCUACAUAAAUCAUAUGAUGAACUAAAAGAUUCUGAUGAAUAUACUAAUCCAUGUCAAUUAUUAGAUAUGUUAUUUUCAUCCAAUCAAAUCGAUGAAUCAACAAUGAUUAUCCAUAAUGAUGUCAAUCAUUUGAAUCAAUCGUCAACAGAAAUCAAUGAUAAUUUAAUGGAUCAAAAUCAAAUGUCAUUAUUGAUUGAUAAUUAUUCGGAAACGAUAAUGUGUGCAAAAGAAUUCAUUCGAAUUAUGGGUCGUAUUAAUGAUCGACUUGCGAAUGAAGAAAAAAUUGUUGAUUUAUUAGCCGAAUUUGUUUAUAAUGAUGUACAAAGAAUUGUUGAUCGACAAUUUAAAGAUUGGGAUGAUCCAUUCAAUGCACAGUAUACAUUGUUUACCGAGAUUGAAUUAGAUCGAAUUCAACUAGAAUUUAAUUCGGCCAGAUUUUCCGUACUUAAUCGUCUAUUAAGAGAACCAUAUCUACUUGGACAUAAACUAUUGGAAUGGGUAAAAAAAUCUAAAACAAUAUUUGAAAAUGAAUGGAAUGGUUUUAAUCAUAUGGAUACAAAUGUUGAUGGACAACAAACUGUAAUACAUCAGAAAACUGAAAAAGAAAUUCGUUUUAUUUUGGCCAAACGUAAAUAUUAUGUACAGAUUGUUGAAUUAUAUAUUCGUGCACAUGAAUCAUUCACUGCUCAAUGUGAUGUCGGUGGUAUUGCAUUGGUGUUACGAAAAACUCGUCUAUUAAUCACACAGGAACUACGUCCAGCUCGUUAUUUUCAUCUUAUCUUACGACUUUUAAGUGGUAUUGGUCGAUAUUCCGAAAUGACCUAUUGUUUUGAUUUGUUUCGUGAAUGUGAUCGUUUUGAAUUGAUUCUUUCGAAACGUGUACAAAGGACACCACAAUUACGGAUCGCAUUGUUAAAUUAUCUAAAAAAUGCUGAACAUAUUGAUGAGUUAUUACCAUUGGUUGCUAUACGAUUUUUUCUUCACCGGGAAAUGGCCGAUCAACAUCGUAACCGUGCAGAAAAAUUAUUGCUAGAAACAAAUUUCAAUAAUUUACAUUCAUCACCGAAAACCUCUACACCAAUACGAUCAUUUACUAAAAAAGUUUCUUCAUCAAAUUCUUUAUCGGAUAUGAUAUCAACAUCACCAUCAUUACCAACAUUUACAUUAUCACCUUCAUUGUUGAAUAUGAAUAAUUCGAAUGCAUUGAAAGAACAACUAGAAGCGAUAAUGUUUGAAUUUCAAGAGGCCGAAAUUAAUUAUAAAGAAGCAUCAUCAUUAGCAAAUGCUGAUUAUUGUUCAUGGCGUGCACAAUUGAUCGCUUUACAAUUAUAUCAUUUUAAUAAAUCAAAAUUCACUGCUCUACAAUCGGAUAUAUCGACUACCGUACCGAUACUAAUCAAUUUAGAUAUGUAUAGAGUUCGUGAUUUCAUUACUCAAUGUAAUCAUUAUUAUGAGGCAUUGAUUGUAGCCAAAUCCUAUCCAGAUGUGAAUAUUGAAUGGGCUGAUCCAUUUUUCAACAAUGCAAUCGUUAAUAAUAAUGUUCAAUAUGCGGCACAAUUUCUGGAUAAUCAUGAAAUUUCUGUUCAAUUUCUUGAGAAAGUAAUCAAACGUUUUGAACUUUUUUCAACUUUAUUUCGACAACAACAGCAGCAACAACAAGCAAUUGCAAAAUCAUCAUCGAAUAAUCAAAUAGCUUCACAAUUAUUUUCAUCAUUAUCAUCAUCACCACUUCCAACAUCAUUCAUAUCAUCAUUAUCACAGAUUCGUUCAGAAAUGGAAUUGCAGAAAAUAUUUCUCAUAUUGGAACAAAUUAUGGAAUCGAUUCUAUGUAAUGGAUGUGGUGUUGGUGGUGGUGGUGGAAAUCCUUCCACAACUAAUGAUACAAAUGAAUCAUCCGGAAUAAAAUUCACUACAACAUCAUAUCUGAAGAUAAAUCUACAUGAUCGUUAUCGUCUUGCUAGACGAUUAAAUUCACGUCGUAUUUUACGAAAUCUAAUGGCAUUGAAUCGUGAAAAUUCAGCUCAUCUUUUAGAUUGGUUAGCACAUCCAGAACGUGUGAAGAAAAAUUUUCAAAUACUGUGAUAAAA